ACAACUCCCGGACCGCGGCGCCUGCGCACCCGGGGCCGAGGCGGGCGGGGCCGCUCCGUGUGCCCGGGACGGGGCACCGUCUGCGGGCGCAGAAACAACCCGCGCCGCCGCGCAUUGGUAAUGGGGACUGAAAGAGGAGGCUACAUUCACACCAAGGUGGCGAAUCUUGGUGAUAAUAUCCAGUGAGUUCCAAGUUUGGAGGUUAUUUUGAGAUUAUAAUGAAACUGGCUCUUAGAGAAUGCUUCAAUCAAAAAGAAAAUUAGAAAGCCCACCUGGCAUUUGCUGUGGUCAAACAGAGGGACCAACAUGUCAUUCAGUCAAAUGAGACCUCGAACAUCACAGCUGAUGGAGCUUCAUGUUUUUUAUGUCCCAGCAGAAGUGUGGAACUUCAAGCUGAAUACAGUUCCUGUAGCUCUUACUAGCAAAUUCAUCUCAGCUGGAUUUAUAAGGGUGUCUCCUCACAUCACAUUAAGAGUGCUGCGGGAGAAGCUUGGAGAAUACCUGGGUGGAGUGAUAGUUGCAGAUAAAUUCAAAUUUUUAAAAUGCAUUGGGAAAAAACUAGUAGUGGUGAAAGCAAAGCAGGAAACAGAGCUGGAACUGAAGUCAUUUGCUCCUCCUUAUGCACUUUAUCCUGAAUUGUAUUUAUUACCUGGAGUGGGGUAUUUUGAAGAUGUUUAUCCAUUACCAUCAUCGACUCAACAAAAACAUCACUUUAUUGAAGAAGCUAAUAGGUUUGGUCUUGGAUCAAGAUUAUCCAGUCUUUGCCAACAGAAACCUGAAAAAAGCAAACCAUUUUUAGAAAGUGUACAAAGCAGAUGUCAGGUAGAAAGUCUGGAAGUGCCCAGUCCUGUGGAAUGGGGUGAGAAAGAACCUGUUCCAGUUUCACACACAAACAAUAAGCAAGACAAUAACAACAGCAUUCAAGAAAACCAGUUUGGAGAAAAAGAUCAAAGUGGAUCUGAUGGACCUUUCUUCACACCAAGUCAUUCAAAUCCUGCAGAUCAGGAGUCUGGAAAGUGUGACCUGGUGUUACAGAGCUCUGAGCAGAAUCAUCUCAGCCAAGAUCAAGAAGACUGUGAUGCUCCUAAGUGGAAUGACAAAUCCAAAGGAACUGCUCUUACUCAUGUAAACCAUGGUGAUGAACAAGGCCAGGAUAACCAAAGACUCCAAAAUCACAUUAAGUAUCAAAAGGAACUAACAAACAUAGAAAACAGUGAGCACCAAAAAGAAACCAAAUUAAGAAGAAACAGAACACAGGAUGCUGAAAUUUUUGAAAUAAUGGAAGACCAAACUACAGAUUAUGUCCACAAAAAACAAAGAUUGCAGCAAAACAGAACUAAGAAGACUAGAGCUGAUCUUGGUGAAAAACUGGAUAAUCAGGCAGAUGAAAACAAGCAAAAUCAUCUUACUUGUCCAAAAGAGUAUAUUUCACCUCCUAGUCCACCUUUUUUGGCGCUUACUGUAAAUCCAGUUCAAGUUCCUGUAAUUCAGGCAGCAAAAAACAAGAUGGCAGAACAAUUGCAACAAAUGAAGAAAGACAGAAGGCACAUGGAAAAAUCUAGAGAAGAGCUGAUCAAAAAAGCUAAAGGGCUGCUGGAACAAAAUAAGCUGAGGAGAUACCAUGUUCGUGAGGAAUGGAAAAAGAAGUACUUUGAAACUAAGAAAGCUACAGUUUCACUGGAGGACACUUUAAAUAAACUGCGGCAAGAUUUAGAGCUUUACCACCAGAAAUUGCUCUUGCAAUUGGAAGCCAGAGCUAGCCGACAACGACAAAACAAUACAACAAACUCCAAGAAUUACACAAUCAUCCAGAUUGCUACAGUGCAGCAUGAACUCGAUCAGCUGAGGAAGAAGCUAGAUGAUACAAAAAUGAAACUCAUAAUAGAAAUUAAGAUGAGAAAGCAGGCAGCAUCUGACUUACGAGCACUGAGAGCGGAACUGACACAGAAGAAGAUUCAUUCAGCUUUAAUUCUCCAGUCCAGAAAAUCAGGAAUUUAAGAAGAUGACGUGACUAACAUCUGUAAAGUCUACAGCAGCUCUCUAGUGUAUGUAGAAGAGAAUUUCAGAGCAUUUGUUUGUAUGUUCUUGAAGGUAUUUUGUAAAAAGACAUCAACUAUAUAAAUGUUGUGGAAUUUGGGUACUAGGCUACUGAGGUAAUGCAGCUCACUUCUUUUUAAAUCUCACUUACUGUAAGAUUAGUCAGCUCCUUAAACAUACAGUUCAAGCUAGUAAUGUGUCUAAAACUAAGAUGUUAUUUUUAAAGUGCAAAUUAGUUAAUUGUGUAACAUCCCAGUGGUAUGCUGAUGUUCUUUGAUUAACUACAUAGCUACUAAGCAAAUAAACCUAAAAUCCAUAACCUCCUGUUCUUUUCAGGCACACACACUACAUUUUUGAGAAAUUAUUAAAAUGCAGUUUCUAUAGAAUUACAGCAACAGUAAUCCUUUAUUUAGCUAUUUACUGGAAUAUGUUUUUGGCAUUGUAAGUAUGCCUAUCUAUAAAUUAGCAAUGUAUCAUUACUGUAUUACUAUGAAGCAUAAACAAAAUCUCAGAUAAUCUCACUUUAUUUCAUAUCUAGCUGGUUUUGUUCCCUCUUUUAUUAGGAAAGCCACUUGGACAUUAGCUGUCUUCUGUAGUUCGAAAGCUUGCCUGAAAGCUUUCUUGUGGACCAGUAUAAUGAUGAUCCUGGUCCACCUUACACUCUUGCAUAUUCUGUCUUUCCUCAAUUCCAAGGUCAUGCAUGUGCUGAGAUUAACAAUUCUCUGAAAGAGGAAUCAGAAACCUCUUCAUAGGAAUUUUUUUCUAGCUUUUGUAUUUGCCUCUUUGCAAACCAGGUGUUAUUAUAUUAAGCAGAAGAAUAACAUGUUAGGAAUUAAUCUCAGCUAAAAGGCUGUCAAGGCUGUAUUUAUUACUGGAAGUGAAACACUCAUGGGAAAUAAGUUAUAGGAUAAGAAAAUUAUGCAGCUCUCAAAAGAACUAACUUAGAAAUGUCUUGAGUCGAACCACCCAUUAUCCAAUUUAUUUUCUAAAAAAUAGGACUUAACAAAGAUUUUAAUGCCAAAGGAUUAAAUAAAUUAUUAAAACUACACCCACUUUUGCUCAAUUCAGGGUUGAAGCUCACAUUUUCUAUUUCAGAAUUGUGUCUUGUAUCUUAAAUAAGAGCAGGCUAUGAGCUACUGGAAAAUCAGAACCUAAAUUUAAAAUAUAAUGUUAUCAAUUAAUGA